AUGAUGCUACAUUAUGUUACAUGUAAUACACCGGCCGUAAACAUGUCUCAGAUAUCAGUUCGUGUACAGACUUAUCUGGUUUUGGGUGUUAUAAUAGCAUGUUUCUCAAUACUGUAUCCAAAAAUCUUCCAUCCGAUGCUUCUUCAUCUGCUAGGUUUUUCAAAAAACAGGCACACAGAAGAGCAUACAAGAUUUGAAAACUUGCGGUUAAAUGGUCAUCACGCUCACAAACCUAUCAGAGCUUCAGAAGGCAUUGUCCAACAAGAUCAAGGGAAAAGAGGUGGAAUUAUGUCAAUCGUUCUACCCGUCUACGCUGUUGGUAUAGUGUUAUACUUACUGUACACACUUUCAAAAAUAUUUUCGUCCAAACGCCGAAAGAAGACUGAUAAGAAGGAGGAGUUUCUACGACAAUACUACCGUGAUUUCCAUUACGAUGUUGAUCGGGGUAAAUUUCGCAUGGGUCAUGACUCGUCCGAUGAUGACGAUGAAAUCAGUGAAACAGACACAUUGGGAAAUUCUUCGAAUCCAGAUUUUCUUAGUCCUAGAAGAUCAGUUAAGGAUUCCAAUCGCAAACCAUUCAAAUGGGGCUCCGUUUUCAACGAUUCUUCGUACCCAGAUAUUUAUCGCUCGGCUAGAAGUUUGCCCAAAGAUUUAGGGAAACUGCUCAUGAGGAUGGAACGUCAAGAUUUAGAUACAGAAGAAUUAUCGCAUCUUCGCGUUAGGCUCGAGCAAACUGAGCAGGAAAUGACGCGCAUACUCCAAGCAAUGCAAUCUGCAGAAGAUGCACUACGUGGUUCGAUUGAGGAACAAGAAAUGGAUGAAGAAAUUUUCACUACCACAUCUCACAGAGAACAGUCUACUAUGAAUUUGGAUAAAACCGAAAUAAACAGUGUAGAAGUGCUAGACAAAGAAAUCACAGAAGAGAAUGGAUCAAACUGCAGUUCUAGUGUUUCGCAGUCAAGGGAAAAUAUACAAGGACCGUAUGAAGAAGCGACAACAUUUGGUGUUUAUGACGAAGGUAAUGUGCCGGAAUCAUGUAUUCGUCGUCGUUUGGUUACAUCUAAUUGA